AUGGUCUUGCCGAUAAUCCUCGGCCUUGGAGUCACCACUGUAGCCCUAACAGUGCGAUCUGGACUGCGAGCGUGGGAAGUAUAUAAGAGACUUACACCAUUAAUGAUAGCACAACUAAACGGACUGCGAAUAUCUGCCUCUGAAGCCCGGUUUCAGCGACAAAGUUCGCUUCGAUACGCUGAUUUGAGCCCGCAGCUGAGGUCUCGGCUGAAUCAAUAUGGUGGUGGAUUUUACCCAAAAAUGACCGAAUCAGAGGCUCUUUUGAUCCUUGGUAUCGAUGCGCGCGAAAUUUCAACGCUGAAUUUGGAUAUCCUAAAGCGCAAGCAUCGCAGAGCCAUGCUACAAAAUCACCCUGAUCGAGGCGGAAGUCCGUUUCUGGCAAUGAAAGUGAACGAGGCCCGAGACGUGCUGAGUCAUAGCAUUAUGUUGAAGAGGUAA